UCAUCAUCAAGUAGGGAUUCUCGAAAGAAAGCAACGAACCGCGUCCAGUGGUAAACGGAAUGUGAAUUCGCAAAAUGUUUUUUCAUAUAUUUUACUGAUGAGCCAGCUUUUUGUAAGACAUUAAUUAAUUUUUCGUGCAUGGCGUGUUUUAAACAAAAUGGAAUCAGAAACCCAUUACGAAGCCGUUGACAAUGAGAUGGAGGAUGAUGAAGCAUCGGAGGCAUCGUCGGUGGGCGAUUUUUCUGCCAGCGAAGAUGAAUGGCAACCGGCAAAGGAUGGCCAGAGCAAAGGGGGUGAAACAAGUGCAAAACGAAAAGCAAAAGUUAAACCAACCAUCAAACUCCCUGUUCCUCCGGCCCGGGUAUCACGACGGAUUGCCGCAAAGAAAGGAAUUAUACUGCCAGACGAGUCAGACAAUCCUGCACCGGAAACGGUGUCAGUUCCAGGUGCAAGCACCAGUGACGAUGAAUCGGAAGAUGAGGAUGUAAAGAUGCCACCGAAAAAAGCAAAACGAAAACCGACCCGCACUGCUAAAGCCAAACCGAGGCGCAAGAAAUCACCUGCCAGUGAGGAACCAAUCAAACUGACCACCUUUACCGUGGAGGAGUUGUAUCGUAAAUAUCGUCCCGAUUUGGCACACCCCGAAAGACCCAGUACCUCGAAAGGACUAGUGACAGAACCUCCGAAAAAGCGAGUUAAACCGAUGAAUGCAACGAGUGAAGCGGAAGGAACGGGGAACGAAUCGGAGAGCAGUGGUGAUGACUACUUGGUAGAUCCGAGUGAGCUGGAUUUGAAUUCGGACUUUUUUCGACCAUCGAAACAGGAAACGGAACAGCGGCAAGCGGUGAACCUGUACUUCGACUGCAACGCUGGCGUGGAGCUUACCGAUUCCGAGGAAGAGCCAGAUACGGGUGAUCAGAUCGGCGGUGAGGCGAGCGCGACGCCAGAGCAAGCAGAAAACAGAAAGCUGGCCGAGGCAGAGUUGGGCAAAAAAUUAAUUCAACAAAUUAACCAAUCCAGUAAAGCGUACAUGCAGAUGGUCAGCCUGGCGGAAGCGGCUACCUCGCGGGUAUCGCAGGACAGUAGUAACCCGGAUGCAGGAACAUCCAAACAGAAAGGCACAUCUGAAGUCCAGCAGCUGGACGAUAUUGAACGACUGUUGGUAGCGGGAGAAAAGUUGCCCGUUCGUGGUGGAAAAGGUCUUGCCGCCGGCUUCGGUAGGAAUGAUUUUGUGAAGGUAGUGGCACCGAAGCAAGCCGAAAAGGCCGACGCUCCGAAGGAGAUCGAAAUUACGCUUAAACUUGCUCCGGACGCAAAUGGUAAAACGACGUCAUGCAAACGUACUUUUGACGUGCUGACUGCGCUGAAAAGAUUUAUGAAUCGGGAGAAACGCAACAGCCAGAUCAACGUCCAUAAGGUUGCACUGCUCUGCUGGAUCGGUCACGGUACAUACGUGAACAACGAGCUCCGGAAACCUUCGUUGAUGCGUUUCGCGCAAAAGAAACUGUUGCCCGGUGUAAUGGGUCAGACCAGCAAGGCAAGCCGUCCGAAUGGAUUGACCAACCUGCGGUACUUUCAGGAAUUGACACGCUACUACAGACGCACCAUCACCCUGAAGGACGAUACGAUGUUUUACCGCCAGCGGCAACAUCCGGCGCUCGGAAAGUUUCUCAUAUUCGCGAUUGCCAAAAAGGUCACCUACUGCCGACGCGAUUACAUUCUGCUGUUUGUGCUAAUGCUCCGAAUACUGGGCGUUCAUGUGCGGCUUGUCAUCUCACCCCCUGUUCCACCCAAGCAAAUUCCAUCCGAUCAGCUGUACCGGAUGAACCCAAAGACCGCACAGGAGCAAGCGAUGGAAAGGAAACUGUUGCAAGAUUUCCGCCUGGCACCGCAGGACAGUAUGGUUUACGUGGCCAAACAGAAGCUUCGAGCCUUGAUUGCAAAGCAAAAGGAGACAGCACAAAAGGGCAAAGGUAAGAAGCGUGCCGCUGCCGGAUUCUCCAUACCGCAGUUGGAUGGGGGUGCCGACGAUGAUCCGGUUGUGUCGCAGGAAAAGAGAAAAAAGUUGAAGCUUAUGGCGGGAUCAUUUUUAAGGAAGGAAAACAAUCGUAAGACCACGGCCGUGCCGACAGCAACGGAUACGGAUCGAAGCGAAGCGGACGAUCGGUCGGUCCCGGAUGAGGUGCAGCAAAGAAGGGAGCGCAUAUUGGCCGCGUAUCGCGCGCGGGCAGCAAAGCUUGCGAGUAAAAAAGAGCAAGAAGCAAACGCUCGGCGUAAGGCGGACAGUGGGAAGAAGGCGAAGAAGGCUAACGGGAAGAUGGGAGUGGAUUACUGGGUGGAGGUGUUCUGUGAGCACGAAGACAAAUGGAUCACAAUCGAUGUUUUGCACGGGGAUGUGUAUAAGCUGGAGGACAUUGUGAAACAAGCAACGCAACCGAUCUCUUACGUGCUGGCGUGGAAUAACGAUGGAACGAUUAAGGACGUAUCGCCGCGGUACAUUUCCCGGCUUGGAAGCAAGAAGAGCAAGUUGCGCGUGGAAGAUGCAUGGCUAGAAAAAGCGUUACGCCCGUACCGUGGCAAGCGGACUAAGCGUGAUCUUAUCGAGGACAUGAAGUUUGAUCGAUUGCUCAACAAACGGCCCUUUCCGGAGCAGAUUGGCGAGUACAAAUCUCAUCCCAAGUACGCAAUCGAACGGUAUCUGUUGCGAAAUGAAGCCAUUUAUCCGCCAGAUGCUCCCGUGCUCGGUUACAUACGCGAGGAACCGAUCUACUUUCGCGACUGUGUGCACACACUUCAUUCGCGUGAAUCCUGGUUGCGCCGGGCUAAAACUGUACGCAUGCACGAAGAGCCGUAUAAAGUGGUUAAAGCGAAAGCGAAGUACGACCGGUUCACCGGUGCUGCCAUUACCGGACAAACGUUGGAGCUAUUCGGUGAAUGGCAGGUGCAAGACUACGAACCACCGGUAGCAAAGGAUGGGCUAGUGCCGAGAAGUGCGUACGGUAAUGUGGAUCUGUUUCAACCGUGCAUGCUGCCAAAGGGUACGGUUCAUCUGCAGCUGCCCGGGCUGAAUCGUAUCUGCCGUCGGUUGCGGAUCGAUUGUGCACAAGCCAUUACCGGGUUUGAGUACCGGGCCGGAGGAUGCCAGGCUGUGUACGAUGGGUUCGUCGUGUGUGAGGAGUUCCGUGAUCGGGUGCUGGACGAGUGGUACCGGGAGCAGGUGGAGCUGCAGGAGAAAGAGGACGAACGGCGCCGGAAACGUAUUUACGGGAACUGGCGACGGUUGAUAACGGGGUUGUGCAUACGGAAGAAGCUGAAAGAUCGGUACAAUUUUGAUAACAUGUAAGGUGUAAUGGUAAGGUGUAAUGUAAGGUGAUAACAUGUAAGGUGUAAAAAUCCGCAAUCCGUUUUCUCGCUAUACGUUCGCCUCAGAAUAGUACAUUUGUUUUCGGUUGUAUUUAUUUUCGUUUUCCAAGGAUUUGAAACUUGCGCAGUGUUGAGUUAGGAAAAUGAAAUAUUUCAUUUUCAUUUCAUUUCAUAAGGACAAGGUGUGCAAGAUUGUUUUUCUUGCAUGCAAGUGAUGUCAAUGAACCGUUACAAAAUAGCGAAGGGAUGAGUAACUGUAAUGACUGACGAAUGCGUAUCUCUAAGCAAUACAACAAUUGGUCUCCCUGGUGAUUAAUGGUUACUUGGUCCUUGCUCUUCGUAUUCGGUGAACCUAGGCUUGACAGAGCCGUCCUUUUUCGUCUGGCCGUAUGCAUUAUGCAUAUAUAUAUUUCGUUGGAAUUGCAUUGCACUGUCCAUAAAAAUUACCUUAAGAUAAUAUGAUUUACUUCCAUCGGCAAAAUUAAAUGUAUUAUCAAGUACAUGCCGUUGAAAACUAAUCCGUUAAGCAAUACGGCCCAGUCCGUUCCUUUUGAAAUGGUAA